AUGUCCUCCCAACCACUCCUCCAAACCGCCCCAGGAAAAAGAAUCGCCCUCCCCACGCGCGUCGAACCCAAAGUCUUCUUCGCCAACGAGCGCACCUUCCUCUCAUGGCUGAACUUCACCGUCAUCCUAGGCGGUCUCGCCGUCGGUCUGCUGAACUUCGGUGACCGCAUCGGCCGCAUCUCCGCCGGUCUGUUCACCGUCAUCGCCAUGGCCGCCAUGAUCUAUGCGCUGGUGACCUUCCACUGGCGCGCGCAGAGUAUUCGCAAACGAGGCCAGAGUGGAAUUGAUGAUCGCUUCGGGCCGACGAUCCUCGCUAUGGCGCUUUUGGCGGCCGUCGUGGUGAAUUUUGUGCUCAGGAUGGUUGAGUGA